AUGUAUAUUGUCUGUGGAGAUUGUUUCAAUCAAGAAACAGGAGAGAGAAGGCUUGAAGCUGGUGCAAUGGUGCUUGCUGAUCGUGGAGUUGUCUGCAUUGAUGAAUUUGACAAGAUGAAUGAUCAAGAUCGUGUUGCUAUUCAUGAGGUUAUGGAGCAGCAGACUGUAACUAUUGCUAAAGCUGGUAUCCAUGCAUCGCUCAAUGCUCGUUGCAGUGUGGUUGCAGCUGCAAAUCCCAUAUACGGAACUUAUGACCGCUCAAUUACUCCAACCAAAAAUAUUGGACUUCCAGACUCUUUACUUUCUCGUUUCGAUUUACUAUUUAUUGUACUUGAUCAAAUGGAUGCUGAUAUUGACCGGUACAUCUCGGAGCAUGUGUUGCGUAUGCAUCGGUUUCGUUCUGCAACUGAUGGGGGUGAAGCAGCCCUUGGUGGGGGUUCGAGAUAUGGUAGAGAAGAGGAAGCAGAUAAUGAUUCGUCUGUGUUUGUGAAGUAUAAUCGAAUGCUGCAUGGAAAGAAAACAGAUAGAGGUCGUAAGCGUGAUACACUCACUAUCAAGUUUCUGAAGAAGUACAUUCACUAUGCAAAGCAUAGGAUUCAACCAGAACUUACUGAUGAGGCAUCUGAGCAAAUUGCAGCUGCAUAUGCAGAACUUAGAAAUGCUGGUUCAAAUGCUAAGACUGGAGGGACACUUCCAAUUACUGCCAGAACCUUAGAAACCAUUAUUCGUCUGUCUACUGCUCAUGCCAAAUUGAAGUUGAGCAGAAAGGUUUUACAGUCAGAUGUCGAAGCUGCACUGAAAGUUUUAAAUUUUGCCAUAUAUCAUAAAGAAUUGACUGAAAUGGAGGAGCGCGAGCAUGAAAAAGAGAAAGAAACUGAGAGCAAACGCAGAGCUGAUCGUCGUUCAGAUGAUCAUGAUACACCAGACGGUGGUGCAGCUGGAAAAGGAGGCCCAACAAUCGAUGCCAUGGAUGUAGAUGACCCUCCAACCCAAUCUGCUGGUGAACUUUCUCCAGAGAGAAUAGAAGCAUUCAAUUCUUUAUUUGGCCAGCAUAUGCGGGCCAAUCACUUGGAUACAUUAUCCAUUGACGGAAUAGAGGAGGCUGUCAACUCCAGGGCCGACGUUCGCUACACAAGGGCAGAGAUAAAUGUCCUAUUAGAGAAACUACAAGAUGCUAACCGAGUGAUGAUAGCUGCCGAUGGAAUGGUGCAUAUGAUAUCUUGAGUUGGGUACUAAAUGAUGACCAUUUUCAAUGGCUAAAUCUGGUCAGUUGUAGUAUAAAUUCCCAAACUGUAUUGUUCAGAUGUGGCUGAGAUGACUAACUGGAUACCAGGGCAGCCUAAUUCAGUGUCUCUCGGCUGAUGAUAUUGAUGAAGAAGCAUUUAUUUAGUUAAGAACUGCCUUCAUUUCGGCUUAAGAAAGACCCAAAACUGGAAGAAGAAUUGCAAUUAUGAACUAACUCCAUCCUUUUUCUUGUUUAUUUCAGACAAGUUUCCAUUAGCUUUAGUUGUACUCCUAGCUUAUUAUUCUCUUGCGUUGUGAACUUAGAAUGGUUAUUUGAGACAAAUCCCUCCUAACCUGUUGCAUGGCAUUUUAUACAUA